CAGAGUACAAACUGCUGUGAGGUAAAUCCAGUGACAUCUGGCCAUCGUUUCUAUAAAGACUGGGAGUGGACGAGGAGGAUCCGACUUCUUGGCGAAUAUUUUAAAAAUGACCACACCAAACAAGACACCUCCUGGUGCUGACCCUAAGCAGUUGGAAAGGACUGGAACAGUACGGGAAAUUGGGUCACAGGCUGUUUGGUCACUCUCAUCUUGCAAACCAGGAUUUGGAGUGGAUCAGUUACGAGAUGAUAAUCUAGAAACUUACUGGCAAUCAGAUGGCUCCCAGCCUCAUUUAGUGAACAUACAAUUCAGAAGAAAAACAACAGUGAAGACAUUAUGUAUUUAUGCGGAUUACAAAUCUGAUGAAAGCUACACUCCAAGCAAGAUCUCAGUCAGAGUAGGAAAUAAUUUUCACAACCUUCAAGAAAUUCGGCAACUUGAAUUGGUGGAACCAAGUGGCUGGAUUCACGUUCCGUUAACUGAUAAUCAUAAGAAGCCAACUCGCACAUUCAUGAUACAGAUUGCUGUUCUGGCCAAUCACCAAAAUGGAAGAGACACCCACAUGAGGCAGAUUAAAAUAUACACGCCAGUGGAGGAGAGCUCCAUUGGCAAGUUUCCUAGAUGUACAACUAUUGAUUUCAUGAUGUACCGCUCAAUAAGGUGACCUUAGAGCAAAAGCCAUUAAACAGCAGUACAUAUUAAAUCGGGUAUCUUUAUUGAAAAAUAAAUUAAUUAUUUUGCAAUUUGGUAUGCAUUGAAAAGUAUUUUAUUGUAACUUUAAUAAAUACAUUUUGGGUCAUAAUAUCUUUAUUUUCUUUAACAUAUAAUAAGGCUCACAUAUUUUAUAAUUAUUAAAAAUGAACUUGAACUAAUUAUCUAAUUUCCUUAUACCAAAAGAAAACCAAUUGAACUGCAAAAUUUUAAGAUAUACACAAGUAUUUUUACUAACUAGGUAAUUAUUUCAUAUAGUGAUCAUGCAUUAGAGUAAUGAUGGAUUGCAUGUUUGGGAACAAAACUAUGUUUUGUUAGAUAUUAUCUUUACUAAGUCAAAAUUAUUAUUAGUUUUUUCUAUCCAGAGGAAUGUCUUAUAUUAAUGCUAGGCCUUUAAAAAAUUUUUUUUUAAUAUGUUUAUUUGGUUGGUUCGAGUCUUAGUUGCAGCACACAGGAUCUUCCUCUGUGGCACACGAACUUCAGUUGUGGCAUGGGUUUAGUUGUUCCACAGCAUGUGGGAUCUUAGUUCCCCAACCAGAGAUUGAACCUGUGGACCCCUGCAUUGCACGGCAGAUUCUUAACCACUGGAUCACCAGAGAAGUCCCAAUAUUAGGCCUUUUAAAAAACUGUCAAAAUAAGCUUAGCAUCCAGUGUCUUAUGAGAACCACUCUGAUUUGGGGAAUGUUAUUAAUUGUAUCAUAAUUAUUGUACUUUCAUGAAAUAUUUUUAACCCGAGUUGUCUAUAUCCUAAUAUUGUGUCAGAUUGCUAUUAUAAUCUACUGUUUAUCCUAAUUCUAAUGCUGCUUAUAGGAUAGUUAGUUUCAAAUUUGUGUCUGACACUGAAGCCCCAUUCCCUGAGGGAUAAUGUAGCUCACAAAAUUUUUAAAAAUCCAUGAAAUUAUUCUUUACAUAUAAAAAUAUUUUAAAGGUGCUUAAAUGAAUUUUCUUUCCAUGGUUAAACGUGAAUCCAUUUGAUUCUGUAUGUCUUCCCCAAUGCUACUUGCUGCCCCAUAUCUCUUACUUCGGGGGAGACAGAACUUCCCUGUAUCGGCUGAUUUUUUUUCUUUUUGUGGUUGUGCUACAUGCUUGUGAGCUCUUAGUUCCCCAACCAGGGCUCAAACCCGGGUCCUUGGCAGUGAAAGCAUGGAGUCCUAACCACCGGACCACCAGGGAAUUCCCAGCCCUCAUUGGCCCUUGUUUGGGAAAGAUUCCUCAGAGGUUCUUGCAUUACUGGGUAGACUGAAGUCUUAAAUUAGCAACGUUUAAAAAAUAAUUAUGUGUUUUAUUUUAUUGUGGCAGAUUUGAUUUAUUGUGGCCACUGAUUUAUGUGGCUGCUAUAAAAAAUGAAGGUUUCAUUUUUUUCACUCAGCAGAAUCUCAGCUCUUUUUCUAUGAGUUCCACAAAGAGUUUGUUAUUUUCAUUUUCUCCUUGGAGUAAGAAGCCUGGUAGGUGACUAUAUGGUCAGCAAGAAGUCUGUCACCAAAACUCGUUUGAAAUCAGCAAAUUAAUCCCGAAUACAGAUGUGGGGUACUGGGAGGGGAAGAAGAGAGAGCUGAAGAAAAACAUGGAUAGGAAUUUUAAAAACAGGAGCAAAUCAAGGAAGUAAGAAGAGUAAUAUAUAGUUGGCACUGUAUUAGAUGUUCUGUGUUAGUCUGAUAAGGAAAACAUUGAUGUAAACAAAAGGUCUUCAUCUAAGAUACAGACAAAUCUAAUAAAAAGUACAGGAGGUUUUAUUAGUAAUAAUUGUCAUUUAUCAGAUGCAGCCUGUUACUAAUAGGUUGUGAAGAAACUCCUAAAAUUAGUAGGGAUUAAGAAGAUUGUUGGGAAAAUCAGUACGUUUUCUGCUUCUAUUCCCUUUCCCUGUUUUCCAAAAGCCAGCUGGCUGACUACCACAUUAGGCAUAGGAAAACUUGGUAGUGGAGGAUUAUAGAGGAAAUGGUUUCCCCUUAUUUUAAGGAUUAUCUGAAGUACAAAAAUAAUACAUAAUUACCUGAAGCAAUUUUAUUUCUCCUUUGAAAGUGUAAAUUAUAUAUCCAGUAAAAGAUUUGUAUCUAGAAUAUAUAAAGAACUCUUAUAACUGAAUAGGAAGAAAAAAAUCCAAUUAAAGUGAACAAAAGAUUUAAGCCAACAUUUCACCAAUGCUCAACUUCAUUGGAUGUUAGGGAAAUGCAAACUAAAAUCUUAAUGAGAUACCAUUUCACAGCCACUAGAAUGACUGUGAUUAAAAAGACAAUUGCAAGUGUUAGCAAAGGUAUGGAGGAAUUGGACUUCAUGUCAGACUGCUGAUAAGGAUGUAAUUGAUAUAUAAACACAUUGAUAAGGAAUUUGGUAAUUUUUUAAAAAGUUUAACAGAUACAUAUUAUGUGACCAGUCAUUCCACUUACAGGUAAUUUACCAAAGAGAAAAGAGAGUGUAUGUCCUUACAAAGACUUGCACGUGAGUGUUCAUAGCAGCUUUAUUUGUAGUACCUAAAAAUUGGAAGCAAAGCAGUAGUUGUUCAACAGGAGAAGAGGUAAAUCCAUGUAAUAGAAUACUACUCAGUAAUACAAAUAAAUGAAGUUAAUUAAUAAUGCAACAAUGUGGAUAAAUUUCCAAAAUAAUUAUGCUGGAAGAAGCCACUAAAAUGACUGUAGUCUGUAUGAUUUCAUUUUCUAAAAAUUCUAGAACAUACUCAUCAAGUGAUAGAAAGCCUAUCAGUGGUUGCGUCAGAUGGGGUGUAGAGAGAAGUCAGAAGGGAUGAAUUACUUCAGCGGAUGACAGAAAUGUUCAUUGUCUUGAUUGUGGUACUGGUUUCACAGCUAUAUACAUACACCAAAAUUUGCCAAGUUACACAUUUAAAAUGCCUUAAGAAAGCUGAUUAAAAAAAAAAAGCUUAUUCUACCUGUUUCACAUAGGAAUCACCCAAAAUGCUAAACUCGGUGUAGUUGUAUUUCUUACUGUAUAGAAUCUGAGAAUAUAAAACUAGCAUUGAAAAUCCAUUUUAACAGUUAAUAAAACAGUGACAGCAAAUUCAUGGGUUCAUCUGUAAUCAGUAUACAUUUUUGAGUAUUGAUAAAACUGUGCAGUUGUAAGAUUUAAAUAUUUUCAUUUCACAUGUAAUCAAAGUAAUCAAAAGAUUGGACACUUUAAAAAUCAGUUUAUUACCUGAGGAAAUAUUGUCACAAGAAACUAUAAAACUGUGGAAUUAUAAAAUAGAACAGUUCAUUGAAGAGUAGUAAAUACCCAACUUAUGAAAACACUAACAUAUAUUGAAUGUUGAAUUAGAUGUAAUAAUAAAACCAAAGUAAAUCUGAUGCAGACUUUGCUUUCCAGUUGCUUUUAGUCUACUGAGGAAAUAAUAGGUCUCUGAUAACCGGGUCAGAAUUUAGAACCGUAAGAUCACUCUGUUGAAAAGAGAGUUGACUUCCUGUUUCAGGAAGUUAGAGGUAAAGCUAAAGAAGACACUGUGGAGGAAGUGGAAUUUUGGAAAUAAAGACUAUUUGCAAUAUCAGUUACUCACUCACUUUUAAAGCUUAUUCUUGAACCCAAACUAUCAUUGUUUUUACAUGAAUAACAGUGAUUAAUUGGAAACAGAUGAUUUGUUUGUAAGGAAUCCAGUGAUGUUUUGUACAUUUGAAGGCUUCCAAUGAUUAAAACACAGACCAAUCUUGAAAAGUAA